AUGCCAAAUUUACAAAAAUUAGUACAAAAAGGUUCGAUUUCGUCAUUAAAAACUCAUUUUUCGUUAAUUUCAUUAGAAGAGUUAUUAUUAAUAAUAAAUAAACCUGACAAGCAUGGUGAUACACUUGUACAUAUCGCUGCAAGAUUUCACCAAUUUGAAGUAUUGAAAUAUUUGGUUGAAGAGUUGAAUGGAAAUUGCAGACAACCACUACAUGAAGCAAUUGAUAAUUUAGAAUGUGUCAGAUUUAUUUGUCAACAAAAAAAUGUAAAUGUUGAUUGCAUGAAAAGAGGUGAUUGGACUCCAUUGAUGAUUGCAGGCGUAUUAGAUAUUGUAAAAGAACUUGUUAGUCAUGAAGCAAAUGUAAAACAUUUAAAUAAAGAUGGAUGGACUAGUUUGCAUCUAGCAAUAAAAGAAACACAUCUAGAAGUUGUAAAUGGAGUCAAUCUAUUACAAAGAAAAGAAAAAUAUAAAUUUCUUUAUCAUAAAGAUAAAAUUGGUAGACAAGCAAUUCAUUAUGCUACAAUGGUUGGUAAUUUGGAAGUUUUGAAAUUGUUGAUUGAAUGUGGAAUUGAUGUGAAUGUGGUGGAUGAUUGGGAUAAUUGGACUUGUCUUCAUUAUGCAUGCAAAGAAAGCUAUAUUGAUAUAGUUGAUUAUUUAAUAUAUAAUUGCAAAGCAAAUGUUAAUAUUAAAGAUAAGCAUGGGAGAACUCCAAAAGAUGUUGGUCCUUUACCACUACCAUCAAUUGGUAAUUUGAAAUAUGGUGGUGAUAUUGGUGAAGUGUGGCUUGGAUUAGAUGUGUUGGACAUGACUUCUAAAGGUAUAUUAUUCAAUGGUGAUUACAAUAAAUGGAAUUAUAAUCGAAAAAUUUUCUCAAAUGCCAUCUCGGCGCCAAGUUUUGCCAAACAAAGUGUCAAGAUCAAUCAAUCAUUAUUUUGGGAAAUGGAAGAAUAUUGGAAGGAUUUGGGUCAACGAAAUG